UGCUUAAACGACGUCGCAGUACCUCAAAAAAUGUGACCGUUAAUUUUAAUUGAUUGACAUGGACACCUCGCAAUCGGAAAAAGCGAGUAGCAUUUAAUUGUUACUCUCGGCGAUUAACCGAAAUUCUGCUCUCACUGUGCUUCUGCACUCUCGCCUCUGUACUAGCUUGGCAGUAUCUCUGCCUUUUCAUGUUCUCCACGCUGUAAUCGAAAGCUUUCUCUCUCUUAAAACCUACCCUGACUUCUCUCUCUAAACCCAUCGCCGUAUCGGUAAUCCGCGAGAAUGGGUUGUGCACAGUCGAGACUAGACAAUGAGGAAUCUGUGGCGCGCUGUAAGGAACGCCGGAACCUGAUGAAAGACGCUGUGGUGGCCCGUAACGCCUUCGCCGCCGGACACUCAGGCUACGCCAUGGCCUUGAAAAACACCGGUGCGGCACUUAGCGAUUACGGCCACGGAGAGGUUCAAGAAGCCCAUCAUCAGCACCAACUCCAGCCGCAGGCGGACGUCUCAUCACAACCUCAGCCGCCUCCUCCCCCGCCGCAGUUCGAGAACUUUCCGCCACCGCCGCCUCCUCCUAAUUUCACUCCGAGCCCUGUUAAACGCUCGACUAGCAUGCCUGAGAACAUGUUGAAUCAACACCGGAGACCCUUCGACAAAGUUUCCUUCACCAUUGCAGAGGAAGACGAAGAAGAGAAAGAUGAGGAACAUAAACAGGAACCAAAAGGUAAAGCUAAUAAUGCGGAAAGUACUAAUACAAAUAUCAAAAACAACUUGCCCGGGUCGCGGGUCCCACAUGGUGGUGGUGGUGAUGGGGGUACUGUUGACGGGGGAUCUCAAGAGGCAUCACGGGCUCAACAGACGCCGCCGAUGCCAGAAGCGAAAAGCAUGGCGUGGGAUUAUUUCUUCAUGGUUGAUAGUAUGCCGGGUUCUGCUUUGGACCUGGAACCCGGACCGGAACUGGAACCGGAUGAGAUUAGAAAUGAGAACACUACGGAAAACAAUGUGGAAAGUGUGGGGUUCAGUGAAGUUGAGCCGAAGACGCCAGAGAAGCCGGUGGCGGAGAAGGUGGAGGCGGAAGAAGAGGAGAGGAUACAAAUAGAGCACUCGAAGACAGCACCGGCAGAUUUUAGGAGGGUUGUGGCGAAGGGGGAGUUGCCGAGUGUUAACCUAAUGCAGGUAUUGAGUGAGAUUGAUGAUCAGUUCCUAAAAGCUUCUGAGUGUGCACAAGAGGUGUCCAAAAUGCUGGAGGCUACAAGGUUGCAUUAUCACUCCAAUUUUGCCGAUAAUCGAGGACAGAUUGAUCAUUCUGCACGGGUAAUGCGUGUGAUUACAUGGAAUAGAUCAUUGAAAGGUAUACCAAACAGCGAGGGAGCAAGGGAUGAGUUGGAUUCGGAAGAAUAUGAAACUCAUGCAACUGUUUUGGACAAGAUAUUAGCAUGGGAGAAAAAACUUUAUGAGGAAGUAAAGCAAGGUGAAUAUAUGAAGCUCGAGUACCAGAAGAAGGUUGCUCAGCUACAGAGACAGAAGAAGAAAGGUGUUAGUGCGGAAUCCAUGGAAAAGACAAAAGCAGCAGUAAGUCAUCUGCAUACUAGAUACAUAGUUGACAUGCAGUCCAUGGAUUCAACUGUUUCAGAAGUGAAUCGUUUACGUGAUGAGCAGCUAUACCCAAAACUUGUAGCUCUUGUUGAUGGGAUGGCUAAAAUGUGGACAAGUAUGUGCACAUAUCAUGACAGCCAGCUGAAGAUUGUGACUGACCUCAAGUCCCUUGACAUUGCCCAUGCACCUAAGGAAACAACUAAGCACCACCAUGAGCGCACCAUCCAACUCUUGAAUGUUAUUGAAGGAUGGAGUUCACAGUUUGAGAAACUUGUGAGCCAUAAAAAACAAUACAUCCAGGGUCUUAACAGCUGGUUGAAGUUAAAUCUCAUCGCCAUUGAAAGCAGCUUAAAAGAGAAAAUCUCAUCUCCCCCAAGGCCCCAAAAUCCUCCCAUCCAAAGGCUCCUCAGUUCAUGGCACGAUUGUCUUGAAAAGCUUCCUGAUGAGCUUGCCAAAUCUGCAAUUUCAUCAUUUGCUGCUGUGAUAAAAACAAUAAUCAUUCAUCAAGAAGAAGAGAUGAAGCUAAAGGAGAAAUGUGAGGAGACUAGGAAGGAGUUUUUCCGCAAGAGUCAGGCGCUCGAUGAAUGGAAUCAGAAACACCCUCAACAGAACACCACAAGUAAUGAAAUUGAUGGCGAAGAGUCAAUCCCUAAAGAACCUGUCUCUGAGAAACAAUUUGUGGUAGAGAGUUUGCGGAAGAGGUUGGAAGAUGAAGUUGAAGCUCACCAAAAACAUUGUCUUCAGGUGAGAGAGAAGUCAUUGGGGAGUCUCAAAAUUCGCUUGCCUGAGAUAUUCCGUGCAAUGUCAGACUAUGCUCAUGCCUGUUCUGAUAAUUACGAGCGAUUGAGUUCCAUCACGCAGUCACGGAACACUAAUGCUGCUCCUUCCUGACAUUUUGAACUCUUGCUUAAUCUAGUGAACUACUCAGCUGGCUGUAGUUUUUGUAUUAAGACGGUCAUGUUUGUCUUGCACCUUGAUGUUUGUAGCCUGUCCUAAAAUAUUUUGCCAGUAUCCUUUCGUGAUCUUAUGGUCGGAUAUUCAGUUUAUCAUGAAUGCUGCAUUGGCAGAGUAGCUGUAACUGUGUUUUGAAGCCUAAUAGUAAUUGUUUCUUGUUAUUGUUA